AUGUCCAACGAAGAUAAAAAAUGUCCGGGUUCUCUAAACUCCAUAAUAGCAAUGUGGGUAAAACUUGAGGGAAAUCCAGAUUUCGAGGAAUUCAUUGUUAAUGAAAAUGAUUAUCCAAGCAACCCAAAUACUACACUUGAAUCUUUAAGUAUCACAAAUUCAACAGAACUGCUUGUUCGUUACCCAUUGUCUGACUUAAGCAUUAAAGUGAACUGCAGGUUUACUGCAAACAAGUGUGUAAAUAAAAGCGAGUGUCACAUUCCACAUUCUAGUGGUUCUUUUAGCUUAUUACAAGAGUGUGUCAAGACAAAGUUCAACGAAAAAUUAGAAAAUAUACCAACAAGAAAUCUCUAUUUUGAAUAUUAUGAGGAUAAGAAUCUUAUAGAACAAAUCAUGAAUGAGUUUGAUCUUAAUUCCCUAGUGGAUAAAAUAAAGCAAAAUGACGAAAGUGAAAUUAUUAUCAAUUACUUUAAAGUUCAAGUCAAAGAUCACAAGCCAUACGAAGAUCUUCCUGAGUUAUCUACGCAUUUUAGUAAUGAAGAAUUGCAAUGCUUUUUCGACGAACUUAAGAGAAAAUUAAAUGCAUUUAAAACGAUUUCCACUAAUGAAGCUACAUGUCGAGAAUAUAUAUCAAUAUUUUUGACCUGGGCAGUCAACCAUAUAAUAAAGCAUGUUGAUAAUACGGCUCGAUUGGCUGUAGAAAUAGAAGUCAAUGGAAGUCAUGGAUAUGGUAGUUUCGAUUAUGCAAUUUUUAUACGAUACAUUAUUGCCUUAGUAACCGAAGCUAAGGUGAUGGACAUGGAAAAGGGUAUCACUCAAAACUUGGCGCAGAUUUACAGUGCAGUUGAAAAAAAUCAAAAAAUAUUAGGAAAUAAGCGAAAAUUCGAAGAAUCAGGGUUGGAUAAUUGUCCUGAAGUAAUAUUUGGAAUCGUAACAUCAGGAACCAUUUGGAGGUUCAUUCGUGUUUCCGGUCCGUUAAAAUCUUUAAAAGUUGAAAUUACAGCAGAAUACAAUUCUGGACUUACAUCGACCGUUAUGAAUUUUGAUUACGCAAAAGAG